UCGGGGCGCCAUGGGGAACAGUAAGAGCGGGGCCCUGUCCAAGGAGAUCCUGGAGGACCUGAAGCUGAACACCAAGUACACGGAGGACGAGCUGUGCAAGUGGUACGAGAGCUUCCAGAAGCAGUGCCCGGACGGGCGCAUCAGCCAGGCCGAGUUCGAGAAGAUCUACGCCAACUUCUUCCCCAACUCCGACCCCAAGGGCUACGCCCGCCACGUCUUCCGCAGCUUCGACACCAACAACGAUGGGACGCUGGACUUCCGGGAGUACAUCAUCGCCCUGCACCUCACCUCCUCCGGCAAGACCGACCUCAAGCUGGAGUGGGCCUUCUCCCUCUUCGACGUGGACCGCAACGGCGAGAUCAGCAAGAGCGAGGUGCUGGAGAUCAUCUCGGCGAUAUUUAAGAUGAUCCCCCCAGAAGAGCAGAAGGCGCCUCGGUUGGUCCCGCUUCCCUCCGGCCCGGAUCCCUCCGCCCUUCCGUCUUCUCCCCUCACAGACAAACUCGCCGAGGGGGAGUUCAUCACAGAGGUGAUGAAGAACGAAGCCAUCAUGAGGCUGAUCCAGUACGAGCCCAAGAAAUAGGCAGCAGGGCACCGGGCCGGGAGGGGGGGACGCGGGAGCCAAACAAGAGCCACAAGUGAAUGAAUAAGAUCCGAGGGGAAGGCACCGGCU